UUGGGGGAUGUUGAGCUGCGGCUUCAAUUGUUUUUUUCAACCACUGCAAUUUAAGUAGCCGUAGCCAUAGGUCAAGAUUCGGAGACGGCCUCAGGAAACCGCAGUCUGGUUCCAUCAUUUCUUACACAGCACAACUUCAAACCUGUGUCGAUGAAGAAGGACUUUCUCUGAUGUGUUUGUAACUGGUGCUUUUGAGGCAGAUACAUGUACGUGUAAUUAGCUGGGGAUGGUUUACACAUGAUGAGUUUGUCUACACUGAAGAAGAUCGCAGCUUAUGGUGGAGUGGUAUCCGUUCUUGGAGCUGGCUAUUUCUUUAAGAGGAUUCAAGAUGGGCUUGCUGCGGGGUCGUACUACUCACAGUCCAUGAAAAUUCUCAGGGAACACCCAGGAGCGUCGGAGGUACUGGGCCACCCGAUACGAAGCAAGUUCCUCAACCUUGGAGAUCCUUUCAAUGUAGUCAAUUCAGCCGAAGCAAAGCUUGCCAUACCAGUCAAAGGUAGCAAACGGAGAGGAACUCUGUACACAUGGUCUGACAGACAAGGGCUAGGAUGGGAAGUCAGAAAGUUACAGCUACAGUUGAAAGGCACAGAGAGGAAGGUGACAAUCUAUGCUUUGGGGGCCAGCACACUGGACGGAAAUGUGGACAACCGGGACACGACUGAGAUUCUGGACGACUGACCUAACGGCAAGUUACGGCCAAGCUUCAAAUUCACCGGUUUUGUGUGUUUCAUCCAAUCGUGUGACCUUCGAGGGAUUGACGGAGCCGGUGCAGUGAAGCGGCAACCGUGCGACGUCUCAACGCCGGGGCUUAUCUGCCAACUCGAGGUCCAUCCCAGUCAAACCGGUGCGGUACCGUACCUACGCCACUCGAUCGAGCCUGAUGCGUUCAAAUCAAUUUCAUCCAUAGCAACUCGCAAGCUGCAAAUCCUAUUAAAUUGUGUUACUACUCCUAGCGUCCGACCUUCGGUUUCUCCCUUCAUUCGAGCGUGUUUUGUGCCCCCUCCUUCACCUUAGGAGGUUCGACGCAACUGUUUUCCCUUUAAUGAAAUGUUUGGUUUUUGUUUCGUGUGGGCUGACGCGCGCAUGGAGACUCUUAAAGAGCCGGAUGAAUGCCACAUAAUGGCCUCUAUAAAAACUGAAGGUUUUAUGCUUAGAUGCGUAAUUUGUCAUGUUUUAAAUCAUAUUAAGAUUUAAACCCAUUAGGUGUAAAGUACACCAUGAAGUAUUUGAAACUGAAAAAUUAUAGGCAUAUGUCAUUGUUAAUAAACGAUGUUUUGAGAACGUGUAAUUAUAACUUUUCACGAUCAUGCAUUUCCAGAAAGAACAAACCAUUUAUGAAUUCUUAAAUGUUGAGGUGUAGCUUUUACGUGCCACUGUUCAUCCUGCAAAACGCAAUCGCUCCAACGGAAAGCUGAACCAUCAAACAAGAAACCCUUGCAAAACCUUUAUACGUGUGUGAUGCAUUCCUGUAAGGCUCUAGGGGAACAUGUGAUCAACGUUGAGAAUUAUUUCAGUCAACAUUCGACAAAAUUGUUCACAGGAAACGUUGGAAUUCGAGACUUUUUACUACUUACACCGACAUUUUGUCCAACUCGAGAUCUGUUAACACAAAGCAUAUACGGUGACGACAACAUAUUCUCAACACCUCAGAUAAUGGACUAACAUCGGUUUUAAAAGAGUAUUCUUUUCUUGGCAGAAGUAGGCCACCCACAUUUGAUUGCCCAUGAGCACCGAUGAAUACUGAAAAUGUGAUCGAAGAAUAUUACUAUAAAUGUUUGGCUAAAGUGGCAAUGAAACCCCAUAAUCUCAUACUGCCGCACUAGUAAGAAACACACUGUUGUCGAUUUGUAGAUAGCCUAUGGGAAAGAUUGCACUUUUUAUCCAAUCUAAUCGUAUUGGAGUUACAUUUUAUGGUGAAAUCGACUUUUUUCUUUGUACCCAUUGCAAAUGGCGCCACUGUGUGUAUCAAUUGUACCAAAGAAGUAAUUCAAUUCAUUUUGAUAGGAAGUACUAUAAAGACAAAUAUAAGCGAUUAUUUUAAUAGAAACCUGGCUGAAUAGAGCCUCUGGAGUCUUUCAUCCUCAGUGAAUACAGAGACGUUGCUGAAAUUAAAGUAUUAUUCCCAA